AAGACAAAACAAAGGCGGAAGAACACGAAAAACUGGAGAAGCACUGAACGUCUCCUCCAACCGAAGCUGGUUGUCUGCGGCGAUCGUCCUUACGUCUCUCUCCGACCGGAGACCUCUCAGUUACCUGGUAUCCCGGCACGGCGAGCUCAGUCUCACGCUAAAAGCUCCGAAAGGGAGCAAAUGGCAAGGGCUCAUGCAACAAUACAAUUCACUAAACAGCCCUAUAUUGAAGAUGUUGGCCCUCGUAAAAUUGAGAGCAUUCAAUUUUCGACAUUUUCUGGGACUGAUGUACUAAAAGCCGGCGAAGUCGAAGUCUACCGUGGCGUUUAUUAUGACCCUAAUAAAAGACCAAUUCAAAAUGGGUUGUUAGACCCUCACAUGACUGUCAAUGUGUCACGUAGCUUGGUGCUUCUUCCAAAUCUUGGAUUUCCACAUUCUUUGAUUGGCUUUUCCAUUUUCUGUGUUCUGAAUGAUGACUCUGAAUGGUUGUUCUGUCUGUUCUUAUUUUAUGUUGAUGAUAGGAUUAUUACGGAUAAAAUAUCCUGGUCGGGGCCACCAAAUAAAUUUGGCUCCUGUGAAACUUGCUAUGGAAAUUUUCGGGAAUGCCCAGGGCAUUGUGGAUAUUUGCCCCUUGCUCUUCCGGUGUACAACGUUGGAUAUUUGGCUACCAUAAUAGAUAUAAUGAAGUGCAUUUGCAAGAAAUGUUCCAGAGUACUUCUUGAGGAGAACUUACGCCAAGAUUAUCUCCGGAAGAUGAGAAAUCCAAAACUUGAUCAUCUGAAGAAGUAUGUGGUAUUUAAAGAAGUGGUGAAGAAGUGUAAUGAUAUGACAAAUAGUAGAAGAUUAGCAGUGUGCUUCCGAUGUGGAUAUAAAAACGGCAAGGUAAAGAGGGGACCUUUAAAAAUUCUGCAUGAUCGUGGUAAACUGGAUGGCCAGUACCUGGAUGAAUGCCAGUCUGCUAUUUCCCACACAAAGGAGUCCAAACGACAAGUUUCUGUUUCUUCUUUUAUUGACCCUAAAACUGCCUAUCAGCUACUGAGAAAUAUGUUGGAUGAGGAUUGUGAGUUGCUUUAUCUGAGCGAUAGGCCAGAGAAGCUUAUGGUCACAAAUAUUCUUGUGCCACCAAUUGCCAUACGCCCUUCAGUUUUUGUGGAAGGUGGAAUGCAAAGCAAUGAGAAUGACAUUACAGAGAGGCUAAAACGCAUUGUCCAAUCAAAUACCAGUCUUCGCCAAGAAAUGCUGGAAACUAACCUUUAUAGCAAGAGCCUGGCUAGCUGGGAUGAUCUGCAAAUAGAGGUUGCACAAUACAUCAACAGUGAUGUCCGUGGAUUGCCGUUCAGCAUGAAUGAUGCCAGGCCAUUGAGUGGUUUUGUUCAGCGCCUGAAAGGUAAGCAGGGAAGGUUCCGUGGCAAUUUAUCGGGAAAGCGUGUAGAGUAUACUGGACGCACCGUUAUUUCUCCAGACCCAAAUUUGAAAAUUAAUCAGGUUGCUGUUCCUAUGCAUAUGGCCCUAAUCUUAACUUAUCCGGAGCGCGUUUCUCAUCAUAAUAUAGAGAAAUUGAGGCAGUGUAUUCGUAAUGGGCCCGAUAAGUAUCCUGGUGCAAAGUUUCUAAGGCAUCCUGAUGGUACUGAGACGUCAUUAAAGGUCCAUCAUAUCAGAAAGCGUGUCGCAGAUGAGUUGAAGUAUGGUUGCAUUGUGGAUCGUCAUCUUGAAGAUGGUGAUAUUAUUUUAUUCAACAGACAGCCAAGUUUACAUCGAAUGUCAAUAAUGUGCCAUCAGGCAAGGAUAAUGCCAUGGCGCACCUUGAGAUUCAAUGAAUCAGUUUGCAACCCAUACAAUGCAGAUUUUGACGGUGAUGAGAUGAAUAUGCAUGUACCACAAACAGAAGAGGCCCGUACUGAGGCUCUUAUGUUAAUGGGGGUGCAAAACAAUUUAUGCACCCCAAAAAAUGGAGAAAUCUUAGUUGCUUCGACACAGGAUUUUCUAACGUCGUCCUUUUUAAUAACAAGGAAAGACACGUUCUACGAUCGCUCUUCCUUUUCACUAAUGUGUUCAUAUAUGGGUGAUGCGAUGGAUCCAGUUGAUUUGCCAACUCCAGCAUUAGUUAAGGUACCUCCACAUAGUGACUUUAAGUCUUGGAUUGGUGGUGGCAAGAUGGAGCCGAUUGAGCUUUGGACUGGUAAACAAUUGUUUAGUGUUCUAUUGCGUCCCCAUGCCAGAAUGAGAGUAUAUGUAAAUCUCACCUUAGCAGAAAAGAGUUAUGGGAGGUCAAAAGAGACAAUGUGCCCUAAUGAUGGAUUUGUUUAUAUUCGUAACAGUGAGCUAAUCAGUGGACAACUUGGAAAGGCUACAUUAGGAAACGGGAACAAGGAUGGACUUUACUCUGUCCUUCUCAGGGAUUACAAUGCACAUUCUGCUGCUGCUUGCAUGAAUCGCUUGGCAAAGUUAAGUGCUCGAUGGAUUGGAAAUCAUGGAUUCUCGAUUGGAAUCGAUGAUGUUCAACCUGGUGUUGAAUUAAACAAGGAAAAGAAGUUGACAAUUGAAAAGGAGUAUUCCCAAUGUACAGAGUAUAUUGAAAGUUAUAAUUCCGGAAGUCUAGAGCUACUACCAGGAUGCAAUAAUGCUGAGACUCUGGAGGCCAAGAUAUCUGGAACCCUGAAUGAUAUUCGAGAAUCAACUGCCCAAGUUUGUAUGAAGAAUCUAAAUUGGAGGAAUAGCCCCCUAAUUAUGUCGAAAUGUGGUUCUAAAGGGUCUCCAAUCAACAUUUGCCAGAUGAUUGCAUGCGUUGGUCAGCAAAUUGUUGGAGGUCAUAGAGCUCCCAAUGGAUUUGUUGAUCGAACCUUGCCUCAUUUUGAAAGAGGAGCUAAGGACCCUGAUGCAAAAGGUUUCGUUCAGAAUUCCUUUUAUACUGGUUUAUCUGCUACUGAAUUUUUUUUCCAUACCAUGGCGGGAAGAGAGGGCCUCGUUGAUACAGCGGUUAAGACUGCUGACACAGGGUAUAUGUCUCGUAGACUUAUGAAAGCUUUGGAAGACCUAUCAAUUCAGUAUGACAAUACAGUGAGAACUGCCAGUGCUUGCAUUGUUCAAUUUAUGUAUGGCGGUGAUGGUAUGGAUCCUGCACAGAUGGAAGAUAAAUCUGGGCUUCCGCUGAACUUCGAAAGAUUAUUCAUGAAAACCAAGGCUACUUGCCCUGCCAUGGAUCAAAAGUUUCUAAGUACCGAAGAAAUUGAGAAAAUAGUUGAUGAAGUAAUUGAGAAAAGGCUCUCAAGUCCUAAAACUCUUCAAGAGGGAUCAGCUCAGGAUGUUCCUUCUUCGGAUAAGUCUGAGGGGUCCUUGGAAGCCUUUGAAAGCUCAUUAAGAAAUUUCGUGAAGAAGAAAUAUCCAAGCUCACUUCUCAUGGAGAAAUUGAAUGGAAGGGUGUAUUCUGAAGAAGAUCGUGUUCGUUUAGAAAAUGUGGCUUCAAAUGUAUCAGGGAUUACUAGGCAACAACUAGUGGUCUUCCUAGAAACCUGCAUCUCUCGUUUCCAUUUGAAAAAAAUUGAACCGGGGACUGCGAUAGGUGCUAUCGGAGCUCAGAGUAUUGGAGAGCCAGGAACACAGAUGACGUUGAAAACUUUCCAUUUUGCUGGAGUGGCAAGCAUGAAUGUUACCCUUGGAGUUCCAAGAAUAAAAGAAAUUAUCAAUGCUUCUAAAAAAAUCAACACUCCAAUUAUUACUACUACUCUGCAGUGUGACAACAAUGACAUAGUUGCGAAAAUGGUAAAGGGACGUAUUGAGAAAACUCUUCUUGAGCAGGUAGCUAAGAGUAUAAAGACUUCACAAGCAUCUAGGUUGGCAUCAAUUGUUAUAACACUUGACAUGGAAAGAAUACAAGGAGCACAGCUAUCUAUUGAUGCUCAUACUGUGAAAAAAUCAAUCCUACAAAAUAUGAAAACGAAAGUGAAAGAGCAGCAAAUUAAGGUAUUGGAUUCCAGAAAGCUGGAAGUUGUUAUGCAGUCUGAUAGAAGUAGACUUCAAUUUGAGCUCCACGAGCUCAAGGCUAAGCUUGCGAAAGUUGUUGUGAAGGGAAUAAAUUCUAUAGAACGUGCUAUAAUAAUAAAUGAAGCGAAGGAAAAGGAUCCCAGUGGCAACAAAAAAUUGAAGUUACUGGUAGAGGGAACUGGUCUUUUGUCUGUCAUGGGCAUUGAUGGAGUUGAUGGCUGCAAAACAACGAGUAAUCACAUCUUAGAAGUACAGCAGACACUUGGAAUUGAAGCUGCAAGACAGACAAUUAUUAGUGAGAUAGAGUACACCAUGUCAACCCACGGCAUGACCAUUGACAUACGGCAUAUGAUGCUUCUGGCAGAUUUGAUGACAUUCAAGGGUGAGGUCUUGGGAAUAACGAGAUUUGGUGUACAGAAAAUGAAGGAUAGUGUCUUGAUGCUUGCUUCGUUUGAGAAGACGGCAGAUCACCUUUUUAAUGCUUCUGUGAAUGGGCGAGAGGAUAAGAUUGAAGGAGUUAGUGAGUGUAUUAUUAUGGGAGUCCCAGUGCAAGUCGGCACAGGAAUCCUUAAAAUCAGGCAAAACACACAACCCGUUAAAUUGACUUACGGUCCAGAUCCAAUAAUCCGCUGAAAUUCGCAGAAUGUACAGAAACUUGUGGUUCGUUUUUCUUUUGGCAGUUUUGAAACUCAGAUUCCUAACGUCAUAGUUACUGUGUUUGGGCUGAAUAUGCAAUAUUAUUACACUUUGUAGAUGCGUGAACAUCGUGAAAUUCUGUUUUUUCUGUAUGAAAUUAGCAUGUGUAAGUGUAAUUGAAUUCAUGCAGAGAAAAGAUAUUCUUUCCCCUUACAUUCCAUGUCCAAGUUAGACAUAUAUAUAAGAGAAGUUGAU